AUGAAUAUGAAACGUUUUCUUCUUUUUUUGAUCUGUUCAAUUUUAAGCUGUGAAUGUGCAGUUAUAGUGAAAGAUGUAAGCGUUGCAUAUCAGGAACUUAAUGAACGACCCAUUAUAGGGGUCUUAUCACAAGAGCAAUCCUUUUAUCUCCAUGGAAAAUUCCCUGAAGAGAAUUAUACAAGUUAUAUUGCGGCAUCAUAUGUGAAAGAUGUAGAAAAAUCUGGUGCGAGAGUAGUGCCUAUUUUAAUAGGUAAAGAUAGAAAAUAUUACGAGGAACUCAUGAAAAAAAUUAAUGGCGUGUUAUUUCCCGGCGGCGCAACAUUUUUUAACCAAUCAAACGGUUAUGCUGAUGCUGCUCAGCAUAUUUACGAGAUAGCUCAAGAAUUCAAUGACGCAGGCGAUUAUUUCCCUAUUUUUGGCACAUGCCUAGGGUUCCAGCUUAUCAUAAUUCUGGCUUCUGGAAGAGGAACGGUAGAAAACAGGUCAACAUGUCGUUCUUAUACUAAUCUACCACUAAUCUUUGAUUCAGACUUUCGUAACAGCAAAAUGUUUAGGGAUGUUCCAGAAAAUAUGAUCCACGUUUUGGCAAACGAAAAUGUCACUGUAAAUUAUCACCGAUAUUGCAUACUCGAGUCCAAUUUACAAAACUUCAAUUUAAUAAAUGAUUGGCGGCCGACGUCUUAUGGUUAUGACGAUAAUCAUAUUAAAUUUAUUGCAACAUACGAGCAUAGACGAUAUCCAUUCUACGCAGUGCAAUUUCAUCCAGAAAAAAGUUCAUUUGAAUGGAAAUUAUCAAAAAAUUACGCACAUUCGAUUAACGCUGUGAAGGCCAACAGAGUUUUCAUGGAUUUCUUCGUGUCCGAGUGUAGAAGAAAUACUCACGGCUUUCAAGAUGCUAACGAGGAGAAUAAAUAUCUCAUAUAUAACUAUCCAGCGGUGUUCACUGGAGUUCUUGGCAGCGCUUUCCAUGAAUGCUACUUCUUUGAACCCAGAGGAACUGUUUCCAAGUGA